CUCAUAAUGAAGAACUAACGCUUUUAUGUUUUGGAAUUACAGCAGGAGGCUCUAACAGUAAAUGUGAGUGCACCACAGACAUCUGCAAAACCUUCCAGAAUGCCUACUUCUACCUCUAUCCCUUCAACAUUGAGUAUAGCCUUUUUGCAUCUUGCAUGUCCUACGUGAUGUGGAAGAAUGUUGGGCGAGUAAUUCAUGUUCAUGGACAUCAUGCCAAGCUGAAGUUCAAUAUGCAUGGAAUUGUGGGUGGGCCCAUCUUAGGCCUAGUAGUAGCAAUCACUGGAUUGGCUAUCUUCAUUGUCUAUGAAGUAGAAGUGAGCACUGAAGAUUUAAAAAAAAAUGCCCUUAUGAUGUACUAUGUCUUCAACAUUAUUAGCCUCAUUCUGAUGUCCAUGGGAUCCUUGGGUGGUUCUAUAAUUUACAGAUUUGAUAAGCGGUGUGUAGACUCUCACAAAAAUCCAUCAAGAACCUUGGAUGUUGCACUGCUUUUAGGAGCAGCACUUGGACAAUACACCAUUUCCUAUUAUUCAAUUGUUGCUAUAGCAGGCACUGAACACAAAGACGUCAUUGCUAUCCUUAAUCUCUUCUAUGCAUUACUGGUAAUCAUCCAACACUCUCUGCAAAAUGUCUUCUUGAUUGAAGGACUACAGAAAGAGCCAUAUGAAGAAGAAAACAGCCAUGGAAGAAAUAUACAAAUACCCCAAGAAUCGCAGGGGGACACUGUCAACAUCAUCUAUACUAAUAAUGAUGCUUUUUCUUCUUUCGUAAAUGAAAAUAUCACAGACCCAGGCUCUGCUAAGAGACAUGAUGAGGCAAGUAAUUGCAUGGUUAAUGGACAUGAUAUAAUACCUCCAGACAUCCAGAUUGCUACUGCAACUGCAAUCUCAUUACAGCCAUCUCAACUGAGCUUGAAGAGAAGAUUGUUAAAAGAGAUUUCAGUUUUCCUUCUCCUCUGUAAUGUCAUUUUCUGGAUCAUGCCAGCAUUUGGUGCUCGACCUCAGUUUGAUCACAAACUGGAAAUGGACUUCUACAAGACCAUUUGGGUCACCAUUGUCAACAUCGGCCUUCCAUUUGGGAUCUUCUACCGCAUGCACUCUGUGGCCAGUCUGUUUGAAAUCUACAUCACUUCUUAA